CAGAAAGAAAGAGAACGAAAAAAAAAAAAUGAAUUUAGCUUCCUCCCUUAGCCUUAGGCAGGCAGCUCUUUUACUUUCUUUCUUCCCAUUUUCCCAUAUUGAAGUGAGAGAAACGCAUUACUGCUUCUACUUCUUCCCUCUCUCUCCACCGAAUGCCCACCACCAGUUCAUACCCCAUUUGGGUUUUUUUUUUUUCCUUUGCGGUGCUUUUGUAGUUCCCUUUUCAAAUUUCUAGUUCUUUUGGUUUUUACUACAUUCCGGGUGCGCUUUUUUUCACUAGCAAGUCAAUAAAGCAAAGCUUGAGGAUUAUUAGAUCUUCAAAUAUUUUUUUGCACCAGUUUCUUAUCCGAGGUAGGUGUGGUUGCUUGUUGAUUUCUGUGAUCUACUGUUAGCUUGCUUGUGAAAAUGUUGUGAUUUGGGUUGUUGUAUUGGCUGAAGUUAGCUACUAUGGGCAAUCUGAAAGAAUUGCUUUCUGCAAAAAUGCUCAUGGGAGUUUUCAAUGUCUGGAGCAUAAGAAUUGUACAGAAUUCAAAUGCCAAGCUUCCAAGUUAUAGUUGCGCUGCUACUUUGCGGCCACACUUGGCUUGAGUACUGGCCAGCGUUUGUUCAGGCCUGAGAUUGUGUUCUGUUUUCGUUGCUGUGAAGUUGAGUUGAUGUUUGUUGUUGCAUUCUGAGUGUUUCAAGCAUUAUGGGUUCCUUUGCUCGUACUGGAGAAAUUGUUGAAGCAACCGAAGAAAUGAGCUCCACUCAGCGCUCUCAAGCAUUUGGUCAAGCAAGACAUCAUGACAGACAACGGCUGCCUCCAAUUAAAAAGGGUGCCAACAAAAAUUUAGAAGAUGAUAUCAAUAGGCUUUUUGAGGGGAUAAAUGUCAGAACGUCAAAGAGCCUGGAUCUUUCUGACCGCGGAGCUUCUGGGUUCCCCAGGAAAAAUCCCUCAAAGAAGCCAAUGCGUGUAGGUGUUUCCUAUUCCCCGGGCAUUGGAUUUUCUGAACCAGUUUCUCUGAAACAGGCUCUAAGGGGGCUUUGCAUAUCUCAGGCAGCCGAAAUGGCUGCCAUGAAGAGACUGACAAAGCCACCAGGAUCCCCGGGGUUUGCGGAAGCUGGGCGUUAUACCAAUUUCAAUAGGUCUGUUGUUGUUGAAUCUGGCGAUUCUGGUCUUCCAUUUAUUGAAGGUAGAGAAGGCAGAGUUGAAAUUUCCUUGGUGCCUGAAGAAAGCACUUCAAAUGGAUUCCUUUUAGAGCGUAAGACGCAAUCUGCAAGCCAAAGUUCCCACUCCUCUCCUCGUUUCUGGGUUAAACCCUCAAUAAAAAGUGUAGAUAGCUCUCCGCUUCACGGUACCAUAGCCCCUACCUCAAGAAAAGUGGAGACUCUGGUUCCAGAAAAGGUUGCUGUUAAGGGAGAAAAUGCAGAGCCCAAACCUAAGGUAGCCAACAAUUCUCCUCGUGCUGUUGAAUCAGGUUUCAAAAGUAGUGGAUCAACUGACGAACAAAAUGAGGUUACAUCUAGGGUCUUAAAAGUUAGUCAAAUUUUGGAAUCUCCACCUUCGGAGGUAGAAGAUCAUAUUAUGAAUUCUCCUGGUCCAACAGAUGUUUCGGGUGAUUGCACACCUAAGCUUCACAAUAGUACCCUGCGCUCAAACAAGGUUGCUAGUUUGCCAAGCAGGAAAACUGGAACCUCUAUUAAAGUUGCGACCAAAGCAACUCCUAAACUGAGACGGAAAGCAAAGUUGCAGACUGUUUCUACCUCUAGUUCUUCCAAAAGCAGCAAAGAGAAUAAGUCAAUCAGAAGCACCUCCCGUGCAGUGAAACCAGCCAUCAGGAACAAGAAUAUCACCAUGAAGAAAGUGAAGCAGGACUCGAUAACUGUAGGUGACAAAUCUGAUGCAACUUGUAAGGAAAACACUGCUCUUGGUGACAGUUCCAGUCAAUUAAUUUGCCAGAGGUGUCAGUGUUCAUUGAAAGAUGUACAAAAGGAAUCUAGCAAAGAAUCUAUUCCACCCAUUGAUUUGAACUCCACUACUACUCCAAGUGCAAAUGGCAGCAACUCUGCCAGUAAGAUGAUCACGAUUCCAACAAGCUGUGGAAGUGGUGGCAUGCCUGCCAUGAAAGGCAGCAUGAUACCAAAAUUUAAAGAUAAAGGGGACUUCUCACAAAGUUCAAAGAGUAGCAUGGGUGAUUAUAGUAGUAGUACCAGCAUGAGUGAUGAUAGUAAUGUAAGUGGCUCUAGUUGUGGAAACAGACCGCACAUGUCGAAAGACCUGCGGUGGGAAGCGAUCAAUCUUGUGAAAAAGCAGCAUGGAUUCUUGGGUUUGAGCCACUUUAAUUUGUUAAAGAAGCUUGGUUCUGGUGAUAUUGGUACUGUGUAUCUUGCAGAAAUGGUUGGAACAAACUGUCUCUUUGCAAUAAAAGUCAUGGAUAACGAAUUUUUGGCAAGAAGAAAAAAGAUGCCGCGGGCUCAAACUGAAAGAGAGAUUCUUAGAAUGCUAGAUCACCCUUUUCUUCCAACACUGUAUGCUCAGUUCACAUCAGAUAAUCUAUCAUGUUUGGUGAUGGAAUUUUGUCCCGGUGGAGAUCUGCAUGUGCUCCGUCAGAAGCAGCCAGGCAGAUACUUUCCUGAAAAUGCAGCAAGGUUUUAUGUUGCUGAGGUUCUUCUUGCUCUAGAGUACUUGCAUAUGCUUGGUAUUGUGUACCGUGAUUUGAAACCCGAAAAUAUUUUGGUACGAGAAGAUGGCCACAUCAUGCUUACGGAUUUUGAUCUGUCAUUGAGGUGUUCAGUUAACCCUACUCUUCUGAAGUCGACUUCAUUCGGAAUAGAGCCACCAAGGGUUUCUGGUCCUUGUGCAGGGUCAAACUGCAUAGAUCCUUUUUGUGCCGGACCAUCAUGUAAAGUUUCAUGCUUUAGCCCUAGAAUUUUGCCUGCAACUGCAAGGGCUAGGAAACUGAAGGCUGAGCAAGCAGCCCAGUCCAGAUCUUUGCCGCAGCUUGUGGCUGAGCCAACAGAGGCUAGGUCGAAUUCUUUCGUGGGCACACAUGAAUAUUUAGCUCCAGAAAUUAUCAAAGGCGAGGGCCAUGGGAGUGCUGUUGAUUGGUGGACAUUUGGCAUAUUCCUUUAUGAGCUUCUAUAUGGAAAGACUCCUUUCAAAGGUUGUAAUAAUGAAGAGACAUUAGCCAAUGUGGUGUUGCACAGUCUGAAGUUUCCAGACGGCCCAAUUGUUAGUUCCCAAGCAAGGGAUCUAAUCAGGGGGCUGCUAGUUAAAGAGCCCGAAAAUAGAUUUGGAACAGAGACUGGAGCUGCUGAAAUCAAGCGGCAUCCGUUCUUUGAUGGCCUGAAUUGGGCAUUGAUACGUUGUGCGAUGCCGCCUUUAAUUCCUGAGUUUUGUGAGGUCGGAAUUUCGAAAGUAACCUCUCAGGAGAAAGGCAAGAGAUAUCUCGAGUACAAUGCCACUGGGGAGCAUCUGGAGUUUGAAUUGUUCUAGUUCAACUUAUUUAAAGAUGGAUUUGCGGCCCUGCUAAAAUAUUGGUAAUAACUUGUCUCCUCUACUUGUAACUAUGUUGUAGCUCAGUGUAUAUUUAUCAGGAAUCUGCGGGAAAGUUUCUCUUUUCUGGCCCAGAAAUCUAUGGCAUAAAGAGUUAUAUCUUGUCAGUGCUGCUCUUUCUUGAAGUAGUACAGUAGCUGGUAAUUUCGUUCUCUCUGCAUUUUAAGGUCUCAGGGAAGAACAGAAAUCCCUGGGUAAAUUCUCUCUGCAUUUUAAGGUCUCAGGGAAGAACAGAAAUCCCUGGGUAAAUUUCCUCCUCUAGGCAAACUAGUUCCAACAGCUAUGGCUCAUUUACAGGAGAAUUCACCUCGGACAAGACUUAUGAAUUAUCUUGAGACGGGGAAAUUGACGCCGUUGUUACGGCUAGCUUGGAACAAAAUGAUUGAGCAUUUUCCUUCUGAAAACUGAAAAGGAGACUCUCCAUUGAUUGACCGAAAGUGUGUAACAACCGAUAAUGACCUUUCCUCUAUCAGUACUAGAACUUCAGGUAAAGAAUUUUCCACGAGAAAAAUACAGAGAAAAAUAAAGACGCAUCUUUAUUCUUUUGAUGAGAAAGAACGGA